AUGGCCGCUCCGAAGGACCCGCUACCCCCAGGUCAUGCAGCAAAGGAACCAGUGGAGGAUACAGAUCCGAGCACUGUAUCCUUAACAAUGACUGAAAAAUAUCCUGUCCAAGACACAGGAGUACCUAAAGAUGAGGAAUACCUAACAGAUCAAGUUACAUUGGAAAUUGCAUCUGUGAACAUCAAGACCCUUACGUCAGAUUCUGGCCUAAUCCAACAGCCAGAAGACAAAGACAUGCAAAACCAUACUGACGAAUCACUUUCAGAUAUCAAGAAAACCUGCAAAGAAAAUGGCACCUGCUCGUUGUGCUUAUUCCGUGCACCAACCAUAAGUGAUAUGCUCAAUGAUGAAGACUUGUUGUACACAGUGAGGCUAAAGCUGGAUCCCUGUCACCCAACAGUGAAAAACUGGAGAAAUCUUGCAAGCAAGUGGGGGAUGACUUAUGAUGAAUUGUGUUUCCUUGAACAGAAGCCUCAAAGUCCCACCUUGGAGUUUUUGCUACGGAAUAGCGACCGGACUGUGGAGCAGCUGAUUGAUCUCUGUAAAUUUUAUAAGAGAAUUGAUGUUGUGAAAGUGCUGCUGAAAUGGGUGGAGGAGGAGUGGCCCAAGAGAGAGAACAGAACUUACCAGAAUGACUUGUAG